AUGGAUAUUGGAGUAAAUACAGAGAGUUUUGAGCUGCCUUGCCUUCAAACUGCAAACAUUUCAUUGCCAAAUUUCAAGAAAAAUAAGGUAAGAUUGGUAUCUAUGAACAAGACAUCAAAAAAUAUUAACUUAAAUCUUUUAAGUCCUCCAUAUAGGAAAAAAGAAAUGGGAAAAAAUUUGGAUUUUGAGACAAAAUUGUGCUUGGCUAAUAAAAAUUAUGCAAUAAAUUCAGUAAAAAAUAAGGAUUUAGAAGCAAAAUUGAAAAAAUUUCAAAUAAAACAAUUUUUUGAAAAAACUUUAUCAGGCUCACUGAAAAAAAUCAGAAGAAAAGGGAAUAUUGACAGUGCUUGCUUAAGUCCUACGAAUAAUAAGCUAUGCAAGUAUUUAGAUAUUUUAACAAGAAAAAAAUUGGGAAAAUCAACAUCUUCAGGAGCAUUACCGAGUUUGGUGGGAAGUAAAAAAUUCUUGAAGCAUUUGGAGCCGACUCAAGCAAAAGGUAGAGUAGAAAAAUCUGAUACAUGCGCCCUUGAGCUAACUUAUGAUACUUACAUAUCACACAAAUUUGUUUAA